AUGGGGCUGGCAGACCCCGAGGACGCCAGAUUUGUCGCCGACUGGUUCGGAAAGCUGUUGCUUUUGAAGGCCAAUGUGUCAGGGCAAGCUCCAUCUCCGGGCUUGUCAGAGUCGGAUAUCAGUUUCCUCACCCUCGGCAAACCGGCGGUCUGGGACCCCGCGGCAGGGGGACUGAACCUGGCAGAAACCCGAAUACAAGUCGCGAAUCUGUUGGCUAGCGGCGCCUUUACCGACGAGGAGCGGUUUAUUCCGGCCAUAUACGCGGCGUCUAGCUCAGAUUACCGCAUCUCAAGCAUUGGUGACGACUUGCUGAAGAGGAGUUCCGUCUCCCUCGAAGAUAAAGCCCUGGUUCAGAAGCUCUACAGGGCACACUCAGCGCUGCCGGCGCCAUAUCGAAUUCGCAUACUCGGAAUCUUGAGCAAGUCAGAGAUUGCUACGACUUUCACGGAUGAGAUUCUUGCGGCCUUCCGCCAAAACGUCGACGUACCGGCCGAGUCUAGCGACGCCAUGCAGGUCGAUGGCCAGCAGGUUGUCAAGACCUCUGGCCUCGAGCGCUACAAGCUCCACCGGGCACUGUUCGAGUUCAUCAACUGGGUUGCUCGAAUCGGGUCUGGAAAGACCGAUUACAACAAGAUCGGCCCGCCACUGGUGAAUCUGCUCAGGGACUUUAUCAGGGACCAAGGCUGGCCGAAGCCUGCAACCCAAGCCCUAGACGAGAGCACCCUGCGCUCCAGGGCGUAUGAGACCAUCGGGAUCCUUGCCAAGGGAGCGUCCAUGUCGGAUAGUGAGCGACUCUCCUUGGCCGGAUGGCUCUUCCGCUCCCUUUCCGAGGACCCGACCUCUGACGUUGUUGUCAACAUCGACGGCGCGCUCUCGAGCCUUACAAGCCUGUUCAAGCCCCCACACAGUUUCUCCCUCAACACCCAGCUGCAAUCUAUCCUUUUGACCUACAUGACGCUUAAGGACGAUGAUGGUGAUGUCGUCCGGAGUGCUCGGCACGCCGUCACAAAGUGGGCGAAUCAUUGUCUUCCAUUCUCCGACGUUUUGGCACGCUGGAUCGACAUCCUCGCUAUCGCCGGCCGCCCGGACGAGCGCAGCGAUGUGGUCGAGGAAGGUCAGAAAGGGCUGGAUCCCUGGACAUACUAUGCCAAUGACGACAGGACAGGGGUUCUGCCGGACUGGAAGGAAAUGGUUCAAAUGUUUUUCAGGGAGCCCAUCGCCCCCCUCAAUGCUGCUUCCAUAUUUGCUGGCCGCGGCCGGGGCGUGGACGUGGACGACAAGGGCCCGUUCGUAAACUUCUCCUCCCAAUCGCUCCCGGCGUUUCCCGUCGCUGUCAAUUAUUGCAAGCAGAUUAUGUUCCUAACAGCGCUUGGAAAAUUUCGGAUCGAGCCGGGCUGGGAACGGCGGCUCGGGGCUCUCCUGCACUCUGACCUUUCUACCCGGCUAACCGUACGGGAAUACCUUUCCGCAUUUACCCGCCAAGAGCAUUCUCUUUUCCAACUUCUGCGGGCUGCAUUUGAUGGGAUGAUCAUGGAGGAUACAAGGAUCGCUGAGCCAUGUGCUCGGUCUUUUGUGGAUAUUGCAUCUUUAUCCCCUAGGGCCGUUUUGGAACCACUGGCCUUCCGGUCCAACGAGCUGCUAACCUUGAUCAAAUCGAACAAGAAGGAGCUUCGGCUCCUCGGUUCGCGGGCAUUUGGGAUACUUGCUGCUCAUCCCAGCAACUCUCAACACUCUGUCGACAAUUUCACGGAAGCCUUGAUGGCCAUCGCAAAGGGGCUCGCCACGGCUGUUGGAGCGGAGCUGAACGCCGUCGAGGGUGCUUUUCUUGCUCUUGGACACCUCGUCUCGCGGCGCGCGUACUAUGCUGCUGCUGGGAAGGACGGUCCUGCUGAGGGUGUUGCUAGUCACGGCCAGAUAUUCCCAUCUCUUACGUCUGUUUCAUCCAAACCAACAGCAACUCAGGAGGCAUUAUUCGAAGCGUACACUCAGCUCUGGACUGCAGCCAUCCUUGCUGCCCCUGGCGGCAGCCAGAGUGCAGAGGGACCCCAGGACCUCUCGACAACAUUGACAAAGGAUUUCAUCGACCCACUAGUCAUGCACGCAAAGAAGGGCAACGAGAAGGCCAUAACUGCUCUUGGAAGGCUUGCUAUAGCACUUCCGGAAACAGGAGCAACGGAUGUGAGCACCACCAAUGAUACGCUGAGUUCGAUACUCGAGUCCCUCUACUCCCUGUACGAGCUUAGGCAGGCCGAAGUGCACUUCGCGGUCGGCGAGGCUCUCGCAGCAGCAGUCGCUUGCUGGGAUGCGGAAAUUGUCCGGCUCACCCUCGAUGUUCAGGGAGAGGGAACAGGCUUUCAGGUGCCCAAGCGCGGGGCACGCCUCACUUUGGUCUUGGACAAGCUCCUGGCUGACUGCAAAACUACGAAGCCGUCCUUGCUAAAGGCGUCUUGUAUCUGGCUAUUUUGCCUCAUCCAACAUUGCUCCCAUUUGGAGGAGGUUCAGUCACGACUCAGGGAGUGCCAAGCGGCCUUUAUGCGUGUGCUCAGUGCGCGGGAUGAGCUCGUUCAGGAGACGGCCUCCCGAGGUCUUGCACUCGUAUACGAAAAGGGCGACUCAGGCCUAAAAGGAGAACUCGUCCGCGAUCUCGUGGCAGCAUUCACCGGCGCAGGGCCGCAGCUCAAAGUCGACCAAGAAACCCAACUCUUCGAGGCCGGCACUCUCCCAACCGGUGAGGGCAAGUCCAUCACCUCAUACAAGGACAUCGUAAGUCUUGCGAACGAAGUCGGCGAUCCGAGCUUGGUCUAUAAAUUCAUGCAACUCGCAACCAAUGCAGCCACGUGGUCGACCCGGUCGGCGUUUGGGCGCUUCGGUCUCAGCAACACCCUCUCCGACUCGGAGAUCGAUCCCAAACUCUACCCCAAGCUUUACCGGUACCGCUUCGACCCGAACCAGAAUGUCCAGCGAUCCAUGAACGAUAUCUGGAAGGCGUUGGUCAAAGAUCCAAAGACCGUAUUGGAGACGCACUUCGACGCCAUCAUGCAGGACCUCCUGAAGAGUAUCUUUGGAAAAGAGUGGCGAGUCCGCGAGGCCAGCUGCGCUGCCAUCUCCGACCUGGUCUCUGGACAGCCGUUUCCCAAAUAUGAAAAAUAUUACAAAGACAUCUGGGCAUCGGCGCUCAAGGUGUUGGACGACGUCAAGGCGACUGUCCGGAACGCGGCGUUGCACCUUUGUAUCUCUCUCUCGACGACUCUAGUGCGGCAACUCGAGGAAUCUGGUUCUACAUCAACAGCCAAGGCCAUGAUCAACGAGGCUCUCCCCUUCUUGCUGUCCGAAAAGGGCAUUGAAAGCAGUGUCGAAGACGUGAAGCUGUUCUCGACGAUCACGGUCAUGAAGAUCGCCAAGAGCGGUGGUGACGCCCUAAGGCCCUACAUACCAACGAUGAUUCCGCACCUGCUCGGCCUCCUGAGCACGAUAGAGCCCCAAGCUAUCAACUACCACUACCAGCGCGCCGGCGAGGAGAACCGCGAGAAGAUUGACAAGCUCCGCAGCGCGGCCGUCUCGCACAGCCCCAUCGCCGAAGCUAUCGACAAUUGCCUCCGCAGUGUCGACGCGGACGUGAUGAAGGAGCUCGCUCCGAAGCUCCAAGAGGCGGUCAAGACCGCCCUCGGCAUGCCCACCAAGAUCGGCUGCGCCCGAGUCCUUUCCACCCUCGCGACCCGCCACGCGCUCUCCUUCGCCCCUUACUCGCCGGCCUUCCUCAGCCUCCUCGAAAAACAGGCACUCGAUCGUAACGACGAAGUGAGCCAGAACUACGGGCGUGCGGCCGCCUACUUGGUACGGGUCGUGCCGUCUCCUGACACCAAGACGCGUUUUGCCGACCGCCUCGUGUCGCUCUAUCUCGCAGCCGAGGACGAGACGCGGCGGCAGAAGGUGGCCGACGCCGUCCUGGCGCUGGCCAAGAUCUCCCCGGACCACUUCGCCGCCCUCGAGACGCAGCUCCUGCCGUUCGCGUUCCUGGCCCGCCACGACACGGACGAGUAUGUGCGCCGGGCCGCCCGCGAAGCCUGGGACGCCCAUGCGGGCAGCACCAAUCUCACUGUUGUGCGCUACCUGCGCGAGAUUGCGGCGCUGGCCGCGGCGUGCCUGGACACGGCGCAGUGGGCACUCCGGCACGCUGGCGCCCUGGCUGUCGCCGCGGCGGUCGGUGCCGUCGUCGCCGCCGGGGAGGCGUCCGGGAGGGCCAACGCCGAAGCGCUGCGGGAGGUGUGGCCCGAGGCGGUGGCGCUGGCAGGGCAGCUGCACAAGAUCGCGGUGCGGGAGGCGAAGCGGAACAACGAUGCCUACCGGCCGCACGCGUUUGCGUGCUUGUGGAAGGUCGCCGCGGCCCUGGAAGACCUCGAGAUGGUCGGGGAGAUCGCGGACGUCGUGGGGGAGUACUUGGCGGCGCUAGUGGUCGGGGGGGGAGAGCAGGGGGGUGUCGAUGCCAUGGACGUCGACCCGCCCGAGGAGUCCAAGCGGCCGAGAGGAGACCUGAAUCUCAAGAGCCGGACGGCCUGGGCGGCGGUCGAGGCAAUCGUGAGGGGGUACAACCGGGUGCGGAUGAAGAAGGAUCCCAUAGCGGUCCUCCAGGACGCCAUCGCCGCCCUCGAGAGCGCUGCUGGCGAAGGAUCCAAGACGCCUAACAUCCGGUCGCCGGGCAUCGCAAGGCCGGAGCUUGCAACCAUUAGGCGGAUGUUUUGGUAUGACUGCGUUCGAGAGAUUCUGGAGGAGGCAGCGAGCGGAGCGGCCGUUGCUGAGGGCGAUUUCGAUAAGGAGCGCCACGGACGGGAUGUUGUCAAGUGGUUCCUGAACACGCUAGACCUCGCUACAGACGAUGCUGGCACUGAAGGCCAGCGUCUGGCAAAGGCCAAGGCAGUAAACGCUACACUACGGCUGGGGAAAGCACAGGCGGGGCUCUCGGCCGAGGCAGAUUGGAAGUCCGAAGUGAGGAGCCUUGUUGACAACGCUGUGGCCACCGAGAGGUCGCUCGAGGUGCAGAAGGCUUGGAAGGAAUGUCUCGAUCUGCUUAAGUAA